AUGCGCGAUCCUUAUGCGGUUCUCGGCGUCUCCAAGACGGCGAGCGCGGCGGAGAUCAAAUCCGCCUUCCGCAAGCUGGCGAAACAAUUUCAUCCGGACGCCAAUCCGGACAACGCGAAGGCCAAGGAGCGUUUCGCGGAGGCUUCGCGCGCCUAUGAGAUCGUCGGCGACGCCGACAAGCGCAAGAAGUUCGACCGCGGCGAGAUCGACGCCGAGGGGCGCGAGACAUUCCAGGGCUAUCCCGGCGGCAACGGCUUUACCGGCGCCGACGGGUUCGAUGACCUGUUCGGCGGCCGGGCGCGGGGCCAGGCGCAUGCCGGCGGCUUCGACGCCGAGGACAUUCUCAAAACGGUCUUUGGUGGCGGUUUUGGUGGCGCGCAGGCCGGCGGACCCCGUCGAACCUUCUCACAGGCCGAGUUCGAGACGAUGUUCGGCGAUCCGCCGGGAGGCGGACGCGCGCGCCAGGGCCGGGCCGCGCCGCCGAAAGGCCGCGACAUCGAGAUGCCGUUGGCGGUGCCCGUGCGCGACGUCAUCAAUGGCGGCAAGGCCAAGCUUGCGCUGAAGGACGGGCGCACCAUCGCCGUGACCGUUCCCAAAAACGUGCAGGAUGGACAGAUCAUCCGCCUGAAGGGCCAGGGGGAAACCGGCCCCGCGGGCCAUCGCGGUGAUGUGUUGGCAAAGGUGCGCAUCAGGCCGGAGCCCGGCAUGCGGAUCGAUGGUCAUGCGAUCCAUGUCGACACCGACAUCGAUCUGAAGACCGCCGUGCGCGGCGGCAAGGCGCCGGUGCAGACGCCGGACGGCAAGAUCGCGGUCAAGAUCGCGCCCUGGACCUCGUCGGGCCAGUCGCUGCGCGUGCCCGGUCGCGGCCUGCCGCAAAAGUCUGGAAAGCGCGGCGAUCUUUUCGCCGUUGUGCGCAUUGCCCUCGACGAAACCGACCGCGAGGCGCUGGAACAGCUCUUUGCCGACGAGGCCGCAAAGGGCUGA